UGUGUGUGUAUAUACACACAGUCACUAUCAGAUGAUUCUUGAAGCCUCCAUUAAUUACUCUCUAAAAUAGAAGUUAUGAAAUCAACAACAGUUUGUGUAAACAACUCAUUGAGGUACAUUUUCGUACUCUUCGCAUAAAAGAGUACUUCCAGUAGCAAUCACGUCCGUAAUUAGCGAAAACAUAUGAAAUAGAUCAAAUAAACAACAGUUAUAAAUUCUUGUACAUAAGUAUAAAUAUAUAUAAUUCCUUGGAUACUCUUGGAUUUACGGAAUGCCGGAUACCAAGGAAAUAUCCGUUCAACUUAGCCUUAACCGAUAAUCCGAACGACUUGUAUCAUCUUGGUUCGGCACUAUGGAACUGGAGAAUUCGAAAAUUUCAACAGAGAAAGAAACUUACCGACGUAAAUUAGACUUAUUAUUAAAUAUCCACGAGAGAUUACGCCAACAAAAACAAGAACUAAUUGAUAAAAAUAAGCGCUUACGUGAAAAAACUGCACCUUUGAGAAUGGACGUUAAAUUACCCAAUAAUUCGCCUUCAGCGCGCAAAAUUUACAAUUGUCUUAAUGACAUCUACGAUCUGGAGUGUAAAAUACACAAUAUUCGUCAAAAAUAUACCUUAAAAAAAUAUGAAAAAGAAAGAAAUUUGAAUUUACAUUCUACUAUGAGAAUUUACCAAAUUUGCAAAGAACUUUCCUUGAAAAAUACUGCUGGCAUGGAAUUAUCUGUCAGUGGAAAAAACGCUUGCGACGAACUUUCAACGGAAAAUAUUAACUGUAAGGAAUUUCCUAUCAGUGAAAAAACCGAUUGUGAUGAAAAUUCUAUCACAGAAAAAGACAUUAUUUUAGAAGAAUUUUCUCCUAGUGAAAAAGAUGUUUGUCAGGAUCUUUCUUCCAGUGAAAAACAAGAAUCUGAGAGACUUUCUCCCACCGAAAAAAUUGGCGAUGAACUUCCUGCCUCUGAAGAAAACGAUUGCGAAGAAUUUUAUUCAAUGGAAAAAACCGUUUGCAAAGAACUUUCUACAGAUGAAAAGAACAUUUACGAAGAACUUUAUGCCACUGAAAAAUCCGAUUGUGGAGAACUUUAUACUGACGAAAAAUAUUUUUGUAAUAAACUUCCUACCAAUGAGAAAAACGUUAGCGAAGAAAUUCCUACCACUUCAACAUUCGGUUACAAGGAAUUUUCUACUACAGAAAAACGGAUUUGUGAGAAACUUUCUACCGAAGAAAAAGUCGUUUGUCAGGAAAUUUUUACCACGGAAAAAAACGUUUGGGAGGAUGAUCUUGCAACAGAAAAACACGAUUGCAAUGAGCCUUCGACCAGUGAAAAACCAGUUUCCGAAGAAAUUUCUACCACGGGGAAAAGUGUUUUCGAAGAACUUUCAACCACAGAAAAAAAGAGUUUAUAAUCAAAAUUUGUAGCAUAAAUUAUAAUUUAAUUUAAACCUUUUUGUACUUAUGAUUCGUGUAUUUUAUUCCUUAUUAAAAAACAAGUUUCUUUUUUU